GGGGCAGGUAGGUCAUUUGAGCCAUCUUUUUGGUCCCGGCUCCGAGUCGGGGACCCUAAAUCUGAUUCGCCGAGGUAGUGAUCUAUUUGAAGACUUUCCAUAACGAUUGGAUUAAAAACUAGAACGUCACCACCUCCUCCCGCAAAGGCGGGCCAAGGAGGGCUCCGCCCUCAGAAGACAGCGAUUGGAGGGAGAUUUGUUUUCUCUAUGACUGGUUGGUGAAAAAAGCAUUUUCCCCCCACCCAAAAGUUUGGACAUGUGACCAGUCAACUUUCACCUUGGAGAGUCCGUCAUCGGAUUUCCCCUUAGCAACCAGACAGUCGCGUUAUCCUCCCUUAGCAACCAGGCAAACUUCUUUGAGGCUGAAACGAGAGGGAGGUUAGAGCUCCGGAAGGAGUUCUAAGCAUCAGAUCUCUGCUCUGUCUACAAUCAAGUCUGCAACAGGUUACAAGAUAACUAAGAUCAAAGAUGAUUCGAUUAUAUGAUACAAUAGAGCCAAAUGUGAUUGAUGAAGAGUUGCUUAAAUUGGCUGUAGAAGAACAGGGACCUCAAGAAGCAGCAGGACAAGUAGCCAAACAGGAGGGCAUUAAUUUCAAAGAUGUCAAAAGUCUGCAGCUGGAUUUUCAAAACAUCCUCAGGAUUGACAAUCUAUGGCAAUUUGUGAGUCUUAGAAAAUUGCAGCUAGACAAUAACAUCAUUGAGAAGAUAGAUGGAUUAGAAAGUCUUGUUAAUCUGGUGUGGCUUGAUUUAUCUUUCAACAACAUUGAAACAAUUGAGGGUCUAGAUACUUUAGUUAACUUAGAAGAUCUGAGCUUAUUCAGCAAUCGAAUUGUCAAGAUGGAUGCUAUGGACUCAUUAGUAAAGCUCCAGGUCUUUUCCAUAGGGAACAACAUGAUUGAUAACCUUCUUAAUGUUAUCUAUCUGAGGAGAUUCACAUAUUUACGUUCACUCAACCUUGCUGGGAAUCCCAUCUGUGAGGAUGAAGAGUAUAAAUUGUUUGUCACUGCCUACCUUCCUGAUCUAGUAUACCUGGACUUCAGACUUAUUGAUGCACACACGAGGGAACUUGGUGAUGCAAAAUAUCAAUAUAGUAUUUAUGAAUUGAAGCAUCGGGAGAAUCAGAUCCAGGCCAAACUUGAAGAGGAGAUGGCAACUGUAGCAGAGCUAGAAAAACAUAAGGCUGCUUAUGUUGAAUACCUGAACGGUCCUUUUCUGUUUGACAGCCUUUAUUCAGAGGAUGUUGAAGCUGCCAAGUUAGCUUAUUUACCAGGAGUUCCGGAACUACUGGAGACAUACAAAACCAAAUUUGUUGAAAUUUGCCAGAAUAUAUUUGAUUAUGGCUUGGUACAGCAAGAAAAGAGAAAAGCAGAAGUUGCCAUCUUCUAUGAAUGUCUUGAAGAAGCCCUUCAAGAAAAUCGAAAGCAAGGGUUGAAAGAAGUCGAAGAUUUUGACAAGAUAUAUACAGCGUAUUUACAUACCAUUCGAAAUUCAAAUGACAUACAAUUUGUGGACAAUAAAAUGAGUGAAUGUGCUGAAGAAAUCAGUCGAUUGUUUGAUAGACUCAUGACUUUAGAAAUGCAAUUGGUUGAACAGUUGGAGGAAACGAUAAAUAAUUUUGAAAGGAACAUUAUAGACAUGGUGGGAGUAUUUGUUGAAAAUGUACAAGGCCUGAUGGCCCAGUGCCGUGACCUUGAAAACCAUCACCAUGAGAAACUUCUGGAGAUCUCAAUAAACACCUUGGAAAAAAUAGUCAAGAGUGAAUUUGAUGAGGACCUGCCAGAUGAUGUCCGAGCACUUUUUUCUGACAAAGAUACAGUUGUUAAUGCAGUUGGAGCAUCACAUGACAUCCAUCUUCUGAAGAUAGACAAUCGAGAAGAUGAUUUAAUAACCAAUGUCACCAGUUGGUGUACAGCUACUGUAGAUAAGGUUCAUAAUGAUGAACUCGAUAGAAAUCGUAAACGAGUAAAAGAAAUCAAUCAAUAUGUUGACCAUUUACAGACUGACCUGGACAACAUGGAUUUUGGUGACCUUUUGGACUAGGAGCUACAAAAUUCUCCUUCAAGAGGGAAAAAUCUGUGUCCUCUGCUUCCUUUAGAAAAUAAUUUGAAGAAAAAUCCUAGCAUGAAAAUACUAAUGCCACAUUACCCUGGAGGAAGAUGAAAAAGGCAGCUCAUAAUAAUUUGCACAGAUGUUUUUAACUAAUAAGGAAAAACAAGUAGGUGGAAACUUGAGAUCUACCAGCCAACAAUCACACAACCUCUAGAAUAUGUGAUACAUAGAAGUUGCUUGUUUAGAUUUAAGAGCAUUUGGGGUCUUUGAUAUUUGCCUGUUGAAAUAAUAAUAUAGGAUGUGAAAAUAAAGGAGAAUAAGUAAAUAGUUUGCAUUUAAGCUUCUUUUCAUUAAUGAUCAAAUGUAUAUUAAAAAUCAAAAUGGGCUGUGAAAAAAUUCAAAGAACCAAAGGAGGCAAGGGAAUUUAUGGUAUCGUGGCCUUAUUACAGGCCAAAAGAAGUACAGAAAGAUAACUGAAUUUGGGAUUUGCAAUGUGGACUUCGAGUUCAGUUUUGCCACUUACUAGCUGUGUGACACUGGACAAGUCACUUAACCUCUCAUAUAAACCUCUCAGAUGUUCAUCUAUAUAGAGGAACAAUAUU